AUGGGAGACGUGAUUGGGAGAUGGGCUGCGGGUCCUCACUAUGGCCCUGUUUUGUCUUCUACAGACUUGUACCUGCUUGGGGCGCCACUUCAGCUGCACCCUGUUCUAACCCAUUCACUGUCAUCUUUUCACCUUGUUUUCAAUCUCUCAACUGGACAAACCGGUGGUUUCAACGAGUCAAAGCGUGAUGAGGACCUGGAAUUUACACAGAAACAUGAACCCGCCACAAUUCCCCGAGUAUCUCAAUUGAUCAUCAUUACGAAACACUCGCCCUGGGUGACGAUGGUAAACAACGAGCAGUCAGGUGUAACGCUUGGAGACAUAUGCGCGGCUCUAUGGACUCAAUAUUCCGAACUGUACAUCACUGACGCAGAAUUCGCCACUCUCCCGCCAAGAUGGCAAGAACAGGUAAAGCGGGCCGCCCAGAACGCUCAGAACUUCAAUAGUUGGAGUUUGUAUUAUUCUCCCCAAACCCAACAACAGAAGUUCCGCAGGACUGAUUGGCUACGAGACAAAGUAUUUUUCGACGGGCUAGAGCUGGACGAUGAUUAUUCUGCGACUCGGCUAGGCUUUAAGGCUCCGAACGUGUUCACGAUGUCGUUGUGCUCGUAG